AUGGUGUCCAAGAUAGUGAAGAGAACCCCCACAAAAUCCCUCAGAAACCGGAACAAAAUCCACGGCCGCCGCCGUAAAUCUCCGGCCAAGAGCCCCACCGCCGCCGUGGUCGCCUCCAUCAACCGCUCCAUCCACACCUGCCGCCGCCGCCUNAAAGUCGAGUUCUUUGUCCUGAAACGGCCCUUCGUCGACGAAUUCCUGAGCUUCCUCAGCCGAUCAUCCUUCGAAAUUGUGAUAUUCACAGCUGGCAUCGAGGAGUACGCUUCUCUCGUAAUCGACAGGCUGGACCCCAAGGGCUUGAUCUCUUACAGGCUGUACAGGGACUCAUGCCGGGAAAUAGACGGGAGGUUCGUAAAAGAUCUUGAAAGUGUCGGGAGGGAACUUGACCGAGCAGUGAUCGUGGACGAUAAUCCGUGUUCUUAUCAGCUGCAGCCGAGUAAUGCAGUUCCGGUCAGGCCAUUUACGGAUGAUCUUGGAGAUGAGGAGCUGAAGGGGCUGAUGGGGUUUUUCGGGGGGUUUUUUGAUUCGGCUGAGGAUGUGAGGGAUGCUGUGAGGGAUUAUUUGGAUGAUUUGAAUGUUGUGGGGGAGAAGUUUAUAUAUAGUGUGUGA